AUGCCUCAACCCAUAUUACUCAGGUAUAGGUUGAUGACGAGCCUCAAGACUUACCCAAGAAAUGACGCAAGGGUGUCAGGAUCAAAUAGGUCGACAUCGACACCAAUACUCGAAACUCUUCACUUGAUACUCCUAAGAAGGCAAAGAAGUUUAAAGCCACUCGAGAUGCCCCUAACCCAAAGAAGUCAAAGUGACCUUCAAUCUCCAAGGUCAAACACUUCUUCUUCCGCCACUGACAACAAAGAACUAGAGUAUUCUCCAGAGAGUGAACAUCUUGAUGAGGACGCAGAAAAUCAAAUCAUAGCCCCUAAUGGCUAUCCCCAAAAUGAUGAUGCUAAAGCUCAAGGUGACAUGGCCUCCACUGAAGACAAAACUUCUGAAGAUAAGGCUGCCAACGACAAGGGUGGAGAAGACAAGGCAUGCAAAGACCAUGCUAACCAAGAUGCUUUGUUAAACUCUUCCGCUAUUCCAAAAGACAAUCCAGAGGGUUGCAUCCCCUUCGGCACUACUCCGAUUUCUAAAACUCCACCUACUGCUUAA